CAACACUUGACACUACUACACCCACAGCUCCACCAACAACUGCAGUUACCAAUUCAACAACAGUUAAUACAACACCAACAACUGGAACAAUAUUCAGUGUGAUGAUGUCGGUAGAACUAAACAAGACAUUCACACCUACCUUAACUGAUUCAUCAAGUCCUGACUACAAGGAUCUUAAAUCAAGGAUUGAGUCAGUGUUAAGGGAGCAGUAUAAAGGAAUCACAGGGUUUAUCAGUGCUUCUGUAAACAGAUUCAGAGAAGGAAGUGUAAUUACAGACUUUGGUGUUCAGACGACCCAGGUUGAGCCGACUGAAGUGGCUAAAGCUAACACAAAAAUCCUUGUUGCAAUGAGUUCUAUUGCCCCAGUCAUUGGUUCAGUUACUGCAGAUUUUAACAGUCCAAAUCCAAUCAUCUUACCAGAGCUCACGUAUACUGGUACAACCAUGGUGCUGACAUGUGGGCCUCCUGAGAUCAAUGUGGGAAACAUCAAUGUUUCUGUGUGGACAUUAAAUGGAAAAACACUUACAGGUCCAAGGAUUAAAAAAACUAAUUCUGGCAUGGUUCAUAAACUUACAGUUGACAACGUCAUUCUUGCUGAUAUGGGACUUUACAAAUGUACUCUGAUAGGCGAUAUUAUUAAUUUCAACCAACAAGGAGAUACAACAAACAAAAUCAAACAAGCUCCCAUUAUACAACUAAAUAGUGUGGAUAACGUGUAUUGUGAUGGGACAGCAGCACAGAAAAAAACACUUGAGUGUUGCGUGCAGCCCCCCUUUAUGGUCCGUUGGUUUGACUCAACUGGUGAACAGUUAGGUUCCUAUGCUGAAGCUAACUGUGUCAAGUAUGAUUACAUGCUUGGGCCCUGCAGUGAACAACAGAAAAUAAGUUUUGUUUGUAAGGUAGUUGACCCAGAGAAUUAUUCUAAAACAACAGAAAUUAACGUUUUCAAAGACGUUCCAACAUGCAAUGAUAAUCAGUAUGGGCCUGGACGAGUAGGCGACACAAAAAACGCAAGCUGUGGUGCAGGUCAGGCUGGGAGCAGGACUGCGGUCUGUCAGAAAACUGGGUGGACGCUUUCGAAGGACACCUGCAUCAUAACAGCAAUCAACGAAUUGUUCAUUUUUUCAACGAGUUUGGAGAAGGAUGAUGUACAGAACUUUGUGGCGAAUCUAAGUACCACGGUCCAAGAAGAAAAAGACAAAAUAGCAACGUCAUCUGCAACCAUAACAACUAUUGUUGACAUCCUAAACAAGAUUGCAAGUGUUUCCACUGGUGUUGUCAUUCAACCGGUGAUAGAGAAUGUACUUGAAACAGUUGAUGUCAUCAUUGGUAAGGAAUCAAGACAGUCCUGGACAUUUCUGAAUGAAAAUAGAACCCGCAGUGCGAGCUCAGAACUACUUUUUUCAAUGGAGUCCCUGUCUGAAAGGUUGGACGGAAACCUUUCCUUCGAGACUCCACGGAUCUUGCUCAAAAGAACCAUUACGUCUAACAACACCUUUACAGCCGAUCUGAACAACAGCAUUUCCAUAGUGGUUCCAAACAUCCCCAGCAACAGCUUUUUCACCACCAUCACCUUCUCCACCCUUAAUAAUGUUAUGCCAGCACGGAACUCCAGCUUCAACCCCACCGGCAAUGACACUGUCACAGAUAAUGCAAUAAACGCUGCUGUGGUGCUGGCCAAAACAAAUGCAACAGUUAAGAAUGUUACUCUGAGCUUCAACAAGCUUAACAGCUCCCUGUUACUAAACCCACAGUGUGUCUUCUGGAACUUCACCCAGUUCAAUCAGUUGGGGGUUUGGGAUGAUGAUGGUUGUACGUUUGUUUCCGAUAUAAACAACACUGUGACCUGCAGAUGCAACCAUCUCACCUCAUUCUCCAUUCUGAUGGCAACAGACAUCCCUCCAGAACUGAGAGAGAUCUUAGACAUAAUCACUUAUGUUGGAGUUGGGAUAUCUCUGGCAAGCUUAGUAAUAUGUCUCAUUAUUGAAGGAUACGUGUGGAAAGACGUUUCUAGAAAUAGCACGUCCUUCAUGCGCCAUGUUUCCAUCAUUAACACUGCCCUGUCUCUGUUGAUCGCUGACAUCUGUUUCAUCAUCGGGGCCUCUAUUGCCAAAAACCCCCUUGAAAACCCAGGGGAGGACUAUAAGGUUCCACUUGGACCAUGCAGCACAGCAACAUUUUUUAUACACUUUUUCUAUCUUGCUCUGUUUUUUUGGAUGCUUGUGUCGGGCCUUCUGCUUUUUUACCGCACAGUCAUGGUCUUCUCCCAUAUGUCCAAAUCAACCAUGUUGGCCAUUGGCUUCUUACUAGGCUACGGGUGCCCUCUGCUUAUAGCUGUUAUUACUGUUGCUGUCACAGCACCAGGGAAUGGAUACAUCAGGACAGACAAUGCUUGCUGGCUCAACUGGAUCCAGACACGUGCCCUGCUGGCCUUGGCCAUACCUGCCUUGACUAUAAUUUUCAUCAACAUUAUAAUUGUGAUCGUGGUAUUAUUCAAAAUGCUGAGAAGAGGUGUAGGAGACACCGCCCAAAGAGAUGAAAAGCAAACGCUGGUGGUCAUUGUCAGGUGUUUAGCCAUUUUGACUCCUUUAUUUGGACUGACCUGGGCGUUGGGAGUGGGAACCAUGAUAUCAUCAACCAAUAAGGGAAUCCACAUUGCUUUUGCAUUCUUCAAUUCACUACAGGGUUUCUUCAUUUUAGUGUUUGGGACACUAUUCGAUUCAAAGAUCCGUUCUAUCCUCUCAAGACAAUUACCCACACCAAGCACCGGCUCAAAUACAACAAGAAGUACAAGUGGAGGUAUUUCUUCUCUCAGUGGCCUAACGUGGAUCAAUCGACUGCGUAGAAGAAGACAUGUCUAUCGUGUGUCAGAAGUUGCAAACUCAAGAAGCACUGGUGCAUCGGAGUCCUUCGUCAAUAUCUGAAUUCCCAAAUAAGACUGUACCCAUAACAUUUAUUUAAUAACUGAUUCAAAAGAUCUGGCAGUUAUCGUAAGAUUUCAGUAAAAAAUCUGAAAGAAAAAAAAUUAAAAAGCUUACUGGGAUGAUAUUGUAAAAGCUACUAUAUUACUGCAUAUUAUAACAUUAAUGUUACUGUUCUGUACUGUUUGUGUAAUGAGAAGCUCUAGGAAAGCAAGUGGGACAUAUUGAAAAGUUCAGAUAUACUAUAUUGUGAAUGUAACAGUUUUUUAAAACGUUGCUUCACGUUUGAUUCCUAAAUGGGAGUCCAUUUCUGCUUUGUUAGCCAACAACUUAAGCAGCUUAUAAUUAAUGAAUGUCGUAGAAGUAGAUCCUGAAUAACUCUGAAUCAUGACUUAUGAAUCAAUAUGUAUCUCACUACACAGUACACUCAAGUACCGAAGGUAUUUAACCCAUUCAACUCGUCUAAUGCGGACAUGUGGUUGGUGGCUCUCACAGUCAGAUACCGAUGCAAAAGGCCCACUUCAGCAUCUGCAUGGGGGGGCGAUGGGCAUAGCAGCAGCUCGACCCCGUCGUUGUGGGAUGACGUGGGAGGACUUUCACCCUGGAGACGGGGGUUUGAGUCCUGUUGUCCCGCGCGGCACUUAAAGGAGCUCUAAGCAAUGUUGGGUAAUGUUACUUCUUGACAUUCAAAGUACUUUCAAACAAAACAAGACUAGCUCGCUCCUCCCUCCUCCUCAUCCCUUCCCCCUCCCCUCCCCUCUCCUCCCCUCCCCCUGGACUUCCGCCCACCCUACCUUUACCCUGCAUGUUAAGCGUAAAAAAAUCACAUCCAGGGUCCGGACCAAGCGCGUUGUAAAUUAUCGAUUGAGUCCAUUCUAAAUAACUCUGAAUCAAUGACUCUAAAAUCUAAUGCAUUUAAUGAUAAAAUAUUUUUACGUAAACUUCUCAUGAUUACCUUACCUUACCUACCAUGCCUAUGUCCCCUUAAGUAAGCAGAGCAUCAUAAUUCCUAUCUGAAAAGUAGCUAAUAAAGAUUUAACAGACUACUAAUCCUACUAUUUAAUGGAAGGCUGAAAUCUAGAACUUAUUUUAGGGACACAAAUGUGAUGUAUCUUGUGAUAUAGUCUCCAUGUGUGGAUGUAUGUACAUUGCUUGAAAAUCAGUCAGCACUAUACCAAAAUCAGUCUGUACGUUUGUACCAGGAAAUCACGUUUGCACAUUGGUAUGGAACGAUAAAUUGAGCUUUGGUAGUGGAGCUCAGUAAUGUGUAAUAUCACAAGCAUUGCCGUUAGUGAAGUGACUGUACAUGUAUACGGUAUUAACAGUAGCAGUUGUUUUUUAAUCAUUGUAUAUUUUGAGUUAUACAUCUAAGGAUGUUUUUACUCUGACAUGCAAGAUAACACGCAAAGCAUUGCUAAUUCUGUUAAAACACGAAACCAUUUGGUUACCGAUAGUCACCGAUUAUUUAUAGCAUCAUCAUAUGUGAAAUUAUCUUUGGUCUUGCACAUGUUCAAUGACUAUUUGCAUGUUAUAAAUGCUUUUAUUGGACUCUA